AUGGCCAAGCGCUUGGACGUGCUCACCCCGCUCGAGUCGGCAACCAGUCUCCUGGAGCUGGACGGCGUUCAGCUGUUCCUCGGAACCGAAACACAUGGUACCGGUAAACUCUCCAUCACCGAUGUCGACGUUGCUUGGUGGUCCGCCGAUCGCAAUUAUGGGUAUGCGGUCAAUUACCCGGAUCUGAUGCUGCAUGCCGUGUCGCGUGAUGUGGAACGAUUUCCCGAGCCCUGUGUCUUUUGCUACUUGGAUCUGGAAGGCGAUGAUGCGUCUGAAGUUGGUGAGUCUCGCCUGCGCGAGGUGUUGUUCAUGCUUCCUCAGUGUGGCUCACGUAUUGCGACCCCUUUUACAAAAGAUGAAACCGUGUCGGGUGAGGCCGAGAUGCGCUUUGUGCCCGCCGAUGCCAACCAACUUGAUGCCAUCUACACGGCCAUGUGCCAGGGACAGGCAGCCAACCCAGACAUGAACGGCGAUGAUGAUGAUGACGACGAUGUUGCAGAACCUGAAGGCUUUGAUCCGGCCUCUGUUGGUCUGGACGGGGCUGGGGCCAUUACGGUGCUGGAUGGCGGUGAAAACGGUGUUGAUGGAUCUGACGAUGAAAUGCUGCCCAUGGCUGGUGGCCUGGCCAGUCGAGAGCUCAACGAUGUCGGACAGGCCAACUUCGAUCGCAUCGCAGCCGGUCUGCUGGAUGGCAUGGCGGGCGAGGACGAGGCGGACAUGUUCGAGGAUGCCGACUGA